UUGCGGACUUAGAAUGUGUUUUUAUUUUGAUUUUAGAUUGGAUUUGUUAAACAUAAACAGAAAAUAAUAGUUGAAUGGACUGAGGGUGGCCAUUGUUACGUAAUCUGCGGACAUUGCAAUCAACCCAUAAAUAUACAUCUACAUAUAGGUACACAUUUUUUUCUGUAACCCAUACACGCACGACCUCGAAAACGCGUGCGCGAAAGAGACAACUGUUGUAAAGUUCAUCAGCGGCGCUGCCGUAUCUUUUUAAUUUUAUUUAACAGAAAAUGCCUCGAAUAGUGCCAUUGCAAUUACUAAAGUGCCUGCGGGUGCUCUUAGAUAAUAAUGGUGGAAUUUUGAGUUCAUCAGAAGUAAAACGUAUUGCUGGUCUGAUGGCAAAGUAUUCGAAGAAGCUGGUAUCGAAAUGCGUCUACGUUCAAAUACUAAAGUCGACAAAAACGGAAUUAUUAGGAGAUUUUAUGGCUGUUGGUGGGUGGUCCCUCGUUUAUACCUGGCUUAAUGAUGCCAUUCGAGCGAUGAAUUGGCCCCUGGUGCAGGAGAUCUUGGAACUGCUGUUGCUCUCCCCGGUCGACGUUAACAGGCUAAAAAUUAAUUCCGCGCCGGUCCUUGUAAAGGGAUUAUGCAAAGAUGGCGGCAAUGAAGGAGUUCGAAUUUUAGCAAAACGCCUUGUCGAACAGUGGCUUAAAAUUGUUACGGAAAAUCCCAGUGGCAUUUCGGCAAAUGCUUCCCAAAUUGCAGCUACAGUGGGGACACAACCAGGUGUGGCAGCUGCUGCGUCGCCGGCAUCUGAGUCGUCAAACAAUGGUUCUGGUUCCUCGAUGUCUGGCGGAAAGCAAUCCCAAUUUGCGGAAAAUAGUUCUUCAGACAGCACAGAUAGUGGUGGUGCACCUGUUACUUACACCAUUACCUCUGCACUUCGCAAACCCAAUGGCGAGAGUAUAGUUUUAAAAUUCAAACCUGUUGACAAAUCUGCAGCGGCGUCUGCGGAAGGUAUUUCAAAUGAAGAUGACAGUUCCUUGCCAUCAACUGAGGCGGGUGGUGAUGGGGCAGAUGCAAAUACGACAAAUGAUUUAUCCAAUUUAGACGAUAGUUGUUCAACUGAUGUAAAGGCAGGGGAUGAGGCUGAUAAAAAACACAAAAGCUCACGUGAUAAGAGCAAAAGGUCUGAGAAAGAUCGUGACAAGGACAGAAAGUCAUCGUCCAGUCACAGGUCAUCAUCAUCUAGCCAUAAAUCGUCGUCGUCUUCCUCUAAAAGCUCUUCGAAGAGCUCUUCCUCUCAUCGCAGUUCGAGUGACAAAGACAAGGACAAAUCACGCGACAAAGACAAGUCGCGGACAAGUUCUAGCAAAGAUAAAGAUCGUAAAGAAGGUGGUAGUAGUAGCUCGUCAUCGUCGUCGACAUCAUCGAGCAAGCAUAAAUCCUCUUCCAAAUCGUCCUCUAGCUCGUCAUCCAAAGAUCGUAGUAGUCGUGAUAAAGACAAGGAGAGAUCAGCAACACUUUCCAAGAAAACUGAUCAGGAAAAAGACAACAAACUGAUGCCACCACCAACUGCGGCGGCUACUGUUGCAACAGAUAAAAAGUCGAAAGAAGCUGAAAGCGAGGCGUCUAAGCCGAAAUCGAUUUCCAUACCUUCUCGAAAGGCUUCGAUUUCAAUAGAGAUACGUCGUGAUACGGAAAAGGCGGCUACGGUGAAAACCUAUCAGUCGAAAUUCCGUUCUCACGGUCUUACAGAAGAAGCGCCACCACCGCCGUCCCGCAAGGGCCUUAAGAAACCCACAUCAUCCACCCCAAUGCCUUCCGCGUUGUUGACCACCACAUUAAAGCGUCCAUCUCCACCACCAAGAGAGACGUCCAGCGAGAAGAAACCCAAGAUCGACAUCAACAAUGUCAGCGGUCAUGUGGAGCGUCCCGGUGCUGCUAAAUUGAUAGCCCCCAAAAAGAUACAAACCUUGGUCGAGACGAAUCUGUUUUCGGAUGCACUUACCGCAUCGAUCGAACCGAAGAAGGUAGUGAAGCGGAAGCGUCCUCUGACGGCGACAUCGCCUACAGAGAAGGACACACCAUUGGCGCCAUUGAAAUUCUAUCAGGACACAUUGGACGAGUCAAAAUCAGAAGAGAAACUGGAUGACAGCAGCAAGGAAAAUGAUGAACAUAGAACGUCUUCGCCCAGCAAAGAUGCCGCCGAUGUGGAUGAUGAUGACAUACCACUGAAGAGGGUGAAGGAGGAUAUCGAGCAGAAGGUGCUGAAGGAGAAGGCAGGUGGCGGCGAUAGAGCCGAAGAGGGCAGCAAAAGCCCCGAAGAUGUCGAGGAUACUACGCCCGAGGAACCCAGGAAGCCUGGUCCCGGCUGUGGACCCGACGGGCCACCGGGCGUGCUCAUGCUGCACCGGCGCAAGGGUCCGAAGAAGAAGCUAACCUGGCAGCCAGAAGAUAAGUUAACGCAGAUACGUUACUUCGAGGUCGAUCGCUCGGAGCGCAUCAAUGUAACCAAGCAGACAUUCGUGGAGAUGCAGAACAAGGAACGUUACAGUGAACGCGACGCUCUGACCAUUGCACGUCGCGGUUUCGAUGACAUUAUGGAGCCGCAAAUGGAAUGGCGACCACUCAUCGAGGUGGACAAUGUGCCCAAUCAUCCUAAUGGCAAUUUGUCCACACAGCGUCAGGUGCAGGCGGAACGCGAGGCGACCACGUUACGGGCUCUCUACUUCACACCAGACAUGAUACCCGACAGCCCGGCAGAGGCGGAGCUGGAGCCGCAUUUUGCUCACGACAUACCGCUCAUACCCAUUGACGAUCUCACCGGGAAUCCGGAUGCAGUCAACGAUUUCAGCACUUCGCCCUGGCCGGAGCCAAAGGGAUUUGCACCAAAUAGCGUGGAUGUGGGCUUCCCAGAUAAUAUGAAUAGCAUGAUGAUGCCUGGCAUGUCACCCAAUAUGAUGAGUCCUGGUCCAUUCCAGCCGUUCGGCAACAACUUUAUGCCGAAUGGCGCCAACAUGCCGCCCAACCAACCAAUGCCGGUUAAUUUGCCACAACCGGGGGCAGGACCGCCACCAAUUUGGCAUAAUCAGAUGCCUCCCGGACCUAUGAUGAAUGGACCGGGACCAGGACCUGGACCAGGCAUGGAUGUUAAUGUAAUGGCUGGAGGUGUCGGUGUCGGCGGUGGCCCCUUUAUGGGAAAUCAGUUCAACAAUCCUGGACCCUUUGGUCCGCCUGGACCUCCGCAGGGCUUUAAUAACAUGAAUUUUCCACCCAUGAUGAUGAACGGACCCAUGAAUAAUGGCAUGGGUCCCGGUCCCAUGCCUAACGGCGGUGGACCGCGCAACAAUAAUCGGAAUAACAUCAAAGGCGGUGGUGGUGGCAAUUGGCGCAGUGGUGGAAACAAUUUCCAGGAAAAUUCCGGCGGCAAUUGGCGCUCAGCAGGCUCUGGCUCCAAUCGCGGUGGCGGGGGAGGCAAUGGCAUUUGCAAGCAAUUCAUGCGAGGACAUUGCCACAUGGGCAAGUCCUGCAAGUAUGUGCAUCCGCAAAAGAACCGCAUGUAGGACAUGCCCGAAUCUUCUGCGGAAGAUUCGAAAUCGUAGAUCUCAAAAAUACAAGCAAGAAAACACACUCAACUCCCUUCUGCGAUAUGGCAUGCAUUGUAAUUGAAGGAUAACUACAUGUUAUGGCCACCUGCCCAAUCAAGACUGUAGCCAGUUGCCUCCUGGUAUGUACAUAUAUAUCUAUCGAAUAGCAUAUUAUAGCGACAUACAUAUACAUAUAGAAGCUUAGCUUGUAAGAGAUGCCGGCUAUCGUUUACUUUUCUAUUUUCAAGACUAUCCUCUUAUGUUCCGCAUUUAAUACAAACAUAAAGAUCAUAAAGAUGUAUAGUCGGAAUUAUAGCGUUAAUUAUUGCUCUUUAAUGGAUUAUUGGACAUUUACUCCCUGAUUUAUUUGAGCCAGCAUUAGGUUAUCGCUUAAUAUAAUUAUAAAUACAAGUACAUA